GACAGCUGGUCGGCGUGUGGCAUAAAUAGCAAGAGAAGCACGCCCAUUUCUCCACAAAGGAAGAAACAAAGAAAGACUAGUUACCGUCAAGAGAGGAGAAGAACGAGCCUAAAGAUGUCAGGCACAGCUGGUCAAGUUAUACGUUGCAAAGCCGCGGUGGCAUGGGAAGCGGGAAAGCCAUUGGUGAUCGAAGAAGUGGAAGUGGCGCCUCCGCAGGCCAUGGAGGUUCGUCUGAAGAUUCUCUUCACCUCCCUCUGCCACACUGAUGUUUACUUCUGGGAAGCUAAGGGACAGACCCCUUUAUUUCCUCGUAUAUUUGGUCAUGAGGCUGGCGGGAUUGUGGAGAGCGUGGGUGAGGGUGUGACAGAUCUCCAACCUGGAGACCAUGUUCUUCCUGUAUUCACUGGCGAAUGCAAGGACUGCCGGCAUUGCAAGUCGGAGGAGAGUAACAUGUGUGACCUCCUCAGGAUAAACACCGACAGAGGCGUGAUGCUCAGUGAUAACAAGUCAAGAUUCUCUAUUAAUGGAAAACCCGUUUACCAUUUUGUGGGGACUUCAACAUUUAGUGAAUACACUGUGGUCCAUGUUGGUUGCGUUGCCAAGAUCAACCCCGCUGCCCCACUCGACAAAGUUUGUGUUCUUAGCUGUGGAAUCUCUACAGGUCUUGGUGCUACUUUGAAUGUUGCAAAACCAUGGAAGGGUUCAUCAGUCGCCAUUUUUGGUUUAGGAGCUGUGGGGCUUGCUGCUGCUGAGGGGGCUAGAAUUGCAGGUGCUGCCAGAAUCAUUGGGAUUGAUCUAAACCCUAAGAGAUUUAAUGACGCAAAGAAAUUUGGCGUCACUGAGUUUGUGAACCCAAAGGAUCAUGACAAGCCUGUUCAAGAGGUGAUCGCUGAGAUGACCGGUGGGGGAGUGGACAGAAGCGUUGAGUGUACCGGAAAUGUCAAUGCUAUGAUAUCUGCAUUCGAGUGUGUUCAUGAUGGGUGGGGUGUGGCUGUAUUGGUUGGUGUGCCAAACAAAGAUGACUCAUUCAAAACGCAUCCCGUGAAUCUAUUGAACGAGAGGACUCUGAAGGGCACUUUCUUUGGCAACUACAAACCCCGUUCCGACCUUCCUUCAGUGGUGGAAAAAUACAUGAACAAGGAGCUUGAACUGGAGAAAUUCAUCACACAUGAAGUCCCUUUUGCCGAGAUCAAUAAGGCCUUCGAAUACAUGCUUCAAGGGGAUGGCCUUCGUUGCAUUAUUCGCAUGGAUCCAUAAAAGGUUGGGGAGAUUGGCCUAUUGCAGUUUGUUUUUCGAAGUGCCUGUGUUCGAUGAAAUAUAACUAUGUGGAGCAACCAUAGAUGUAUAAAGCAGUCGCAGUACUUUACAUUUUUACUCUCUUCUUAUGUAAUUUCUUUGUACUUUUAAUUGGACGCCCAUGAUCUAAACCCUGAAAAGAUCCCAACCCAAUUCUCCCUUGACUUGGAUCUGCACAGCCAUUGCCAUGGCUGUCAAUAAGGAUGUGCUUCAGUUUUUUGUCUUUCUUUCUUGGUUAUGUUGUGAUUUUUUUCCCCAAUGCAAUUAUAAUUACCAUCUCA